UACAGGGCCGAGCGCGGCCGAGCGCUCCGCCAUUGGCUCCGGCUUUAUCCACCGGGGGUCGGAGGCGGGGGCGACCCGCUCAAUGACGGCGGGGCUGUGCUGACAGUUGAGAGCCGACGCGACACAGCUCACGGCUGGCAUUCACACGGGCCUUUCCAAACCUUCACUAGCAACGGCGUGAAGAUGACAGAGGAAAGAGAAGGAGGGCCGAGUCAUUUCCAUUAACGCCGCCCGCGGGAUGUUCCGACGCGGGUUGCGGACUGCGUUACCGGACAACGCGGUGUGGAGGUGAAACGGACCCACCGAGCGCGGCGCCGGCGCAAGUAAAUGUGCUGCGUUCCAUUUACCUCGGAAGUCGGAACUCGGAACUGGGAAUGACGUAACAGCCGAGUUAUCAGCGUUCCAGUUACAAAUGACCUAUAUUCCAUGCUUGUGCGCCCAAAUCCCAGAGUAACCACCACCACCUCUCGUCCGGACCAGGCAGCAGCAUGGGGACCAACGGGUUAGACAAUCCGGCGCAUUCGUCCGGCGAGGUUUCUGGGACGGAGCAGCCGAGCUUAGAGCCGCAGAUGGAGCAGAGAGAUGCGGGGGACGCGGAGAGCAGCAAGGAGCUGCACACCGAGAUCCACGGAGACUGCAAGCCUCCCGGGGUCCAAAUGGAGAUGCAUGAAGAGGGAUUCGUCCCCCCCGAAGGAGGCUGGGGCUGGCUCGUAGUUUUUGCUGCAACCUGGUGCAAUGGCUCGAUCUUUGGGAUUCAGAAUUCCUUCGGCAUCCUGCACAUGAUGCUGGUGAAGGAGCACACCAGCCCGGACGACCCCACGUCCCAGUUCAAAGUGGCUUGGGUCGGGGCCCUCUCCAUGGGCAUGAUCUUCUUCUGUUCUCCUGUGGUCAGCAUGUUCACUGACCACUUCGGCUGUAGGAAGACAGCUGUCAGCGGGGCAACACUGGCUUUUAUAGGGUUACUCAGUACAUCAUUUGCAAACUCUUUAAUCCUUCGCUACUUCACAUAUGGCGUGUUGUUCGGCUGCGGCUCCUCCUUUGCCUUCCAGCCUUCUCUGGUGAUUCUGGGCCACUACUUCCGCCAGCGCCUGGGUCUGGCCAACGGAGUGGUGACGGCUGGGGCCAGCCUCUUCUCCAUGGGCCUACCCAUUUUACUCAAAAAAAUGGUUGAACCUCUGGGCCUCAGAAGAACAUUCCAGGUUCUCAGCCUCUUCAUGCUGGUCCAGGCCCUGCUGGCCUUAUUGUUUAAGCCUUUGCUCCCCGUUGGGGGAGGUAUGGGCCCGAUGGGCAUGGGGCCUGCCCAUGCUGACUCCCAAACCCAGGCCUCCGCUGCGGGUGGAAGCAAGUGGAACAUAGCCAUGGCCACCAUUAGGAAGUACUUCAACCUACGUGUGUUUCACGUUGUGACUUACCGGAUUUGGGCAUUUGGAGUCGCCACGGCGGUCUUAGGCUACUUUGUGCCAUACGUCCAUCUGAUGAACUUUGUACAGGAGAAAUUCACAAACACAGAAAAAGAAUGGGUGUUGCUGGUUUGCAUUGGAGCUUCAUCUGGGGUGGGACGCCUUGCCUUCGGCAAGAUUGGGGACCUCAUUCCUGGUCUGAAGAAGAUCUACUUGCAGGUGGGGUCCUUCAUGGCUCUGGGCCUAAUGUCCAUGAUGAUACCCCAGUGUGCAGUGUUCGAGGGGCUGAUAGUAGUGUGUGUUUUCCUGGGUCUUUGUGACGGCUGCUUCCUCACCAUGAUGGCCCCCAUAGCUUUUGAGCUGGUUGGGCCCAUGCAGGCCUCGCAGGCCAUAGGAUACCUCCUAGGCCUCAUGUCUGUCCCCAUGACAGCAGGUCCUCCCAUUGCUGGUCUCCUACAUGGUCGCUUUAAAAACUACACACUGGCUUUCUCUCUGGCCGGGGUGCCUCCCAUGGUGGGGGCCGUGGUGCUGUUCAUGGUGCCCCUGAUCCACAGCAGGCUCCAGCGAGGCCAAGCGUCAUCAGAAGAGGUGUCGACGACUGCCCACAUGCUGCCCGCACCCCCGUCGGCUGGGGAACCCAAGAGCUGCUCCAAUGGAGACAUGCUGCCAGGCUACACCGACAUAGAGACGCAUAUCUGAGUCGCAUCUUGCAAAGGGAUUCAACCCACCAGCACUUUUCUUAUCCUUCGAUCGCCUGCCUCCCAAGAUGAAGUCUCAACCGUGGACUUCCUGUUGGCUUACCCUGUAAUCUCUCACCCCUCUGAAUUUCUGCUGGCUUUUUUUUGUUUGUUUUGUCCAUGCAAAGAGAAGGUGAGAAAUGCACCCUGGCUAAAAGCCACUGAGAGGAAGAAAAGAAGACACCGCAGUCUUCGAUGAUGGAGAUUAUAAGCACAAAUUAUCUUUCGGCUAGAAUCAGAACUUUAAGACUGGUCAAGACGAGAGGAUUUGAGACUGAAGAGUUUCCGUGUUUAUUUUCAUAGCAUUUAUCUUGCUGCAAUAGCUUCAAAGCUGCAAAAAUACCAUUUUGUUUUCAGAUUGUAAAAAAAAAAAAAGAAAUUAAAAAAUAACACAUUUCAAGAUGAAGAGGCAUAUAAAGUACGCUAGGGAAGGGAUCAAUCAAAAAUGUCUUCAUGUAGUACCUCAGACAUUUAGGAUUUUAACAAAAAUGCAUUUCAUUUAAUUUACUUCAUGUAGCUGAAACAAAGUCUUAUCUUGAUUGAUAUGCCGGUUUAAUGCAUUUAACUUUAUUCUACUGCCUGUGCUACCUGCUGAGACAGCUACAAGAGAAACAAACACAUCUUUUGUAAAUGUCACAGGCGGUAACUGUUUUUUCUGAUAAAUGAGCCACCAGACACAAUCACCUCAGCUCGUCUGCACGCACGUUUUAGACUCUGGCUACAUUUUGUACUGACAGCCAGGAUCAGAAAGUUCAGUCGGAUUACCUUAAUCACUUCAGGAGUCUGUCUGCAAAGGGGGCACACAUGUGUGACUGUGGCAGCUGUUGAGUCCAAAAAUACAGUAUGCAAUGGUCCUUGUCUGCUCGAUCUUUUCAUUUUUCUCUAUUUAGGUCAGUAACUCUUUAAAAUGUAUCGCAUUAAGUUAUGUUGUCAAAGUUACAAAAGAGAGCAUCUCUAGCCUCAGUUAGUGAAAAAUGGAUUUAAAGGCUUUUUUGUAAAUCUAUACUUUUUUGUAGAUUUACAUUUUUAUUGGAUUUUUAAAGUUAUUGGAGGGUGCUAGACAAAUCCACGUGAACUAAGCUUGUUAUGGCUUUAAGAGUAAUUGGUCUUAACUGUGUGGACACAGCAGAAAACCAGUAAAUUAUAGUCUAGGUUGUCUUCCAUCCAACUUCCAUCCACGGGCCAGAUACUGAGCUCCCAUGUUACCCAUAAGAGAGAGAGAGACGGGGGGGGGGGGGGGGGGGGGCAGAGUGUGUGUUUCGUGUGCUUUGUGUGAAUAAACAAAUGAGAAACACAUUGUAAAAAGCUUUGUUGAACCUCAGCAAGGUUAAAAAGGUGCCACACAUUGUAAACCUUGUGCCAAGUGAGGACCAUUUCAGUUUCUGCAGGAGGAGUUGGAACCCUGUGGUUGAUGCAGCAGCUUGAUAGCUUGAUGGAAGCUUGAUAGAACCUGCACCACUGGUAUUUUUCUGUUGUUGCAGUUGACCCCCCCCCCCCCCCGAAUAUGUGUGUGUGUGUGUGUGUGUGUGUGUUUAUGUUAUUUUUUACUGCAUUUAUGCAUCUGUAUUUCGAUGCGAGAGACAGUUGAUAUGAUCAGCCACAAUAUUAAAACCACCACCAGGUCAAGUAAAUAACACUGAUGCUCGCUAGUAAUUGUCAAGGGCCAUGGUACAUCAAGCAACAAGUGAUGGGUGGGUCUUGGGAUCUCUGGUCAAACUGCUUCUCUUGGGAGUAUGUCUCUUAUAAGUGGCAGAAAAUUGAUGGAUGGAUGGUCUUUUUGAGUCUGAAUUUCGAAAAGUUAUCGUGGUAUGGGUUUGAGAAACUGGUUCGCAACGGUCCCAGGGAGCCACGAUUCAGCUCAGAACUUGCAUAGUGUAGAAGAUCUGAUGUUAAUAUCUUGGUUACUGAUUGCACAGGACACCCAGCCUAACGGGUUUAGGUGGGAUGAUGGGGUAUGAUGCAGUAUUUUAUGCAAGUGAUUUAAUGUUGUGGCUGAUAAGUAUAUGCAUCAUGUUGAUAAGAGGGAACUACUGAGAUUAAAACCUCCACCUGCUCCAAAUGCUCAUGAGUCCACCUCAGAGAAAAUCCUGUCCAUUUGCUGCUUUGGUUUAAACUCACUUGAGGGCAUCGCUCAGUUUCUGCAGAAAUUAAACAAAACCUCACGGUAAUGUUGACUUCGACAUGGCAUUUAGCAGUUAUUUUUCAUAAAUAUUCAGAGCAUUUACCUUUGCACUCUUAGUUACAAGUUCUUCUUAAUCUACUUUAAUAAACAUAUGUGAAGUAGCGUUGAUGUACUGUAUGAGUUAUAUUACUAAUGUGAAUAUAGCAAAGGAGAAACUGGGAAAAGAGAACAUCUUAGUGCUCAGUUGGUUAUCUUUUUCCUUUUCAUAUGUGCUUUCACAACUAUCAUUCAGUCUGCUCCUCCUUUGUAACCUCGUGGAACAUGUUCACGUUCUCUGUUAAUCAGCAGUUUUCAUGUUCUGUUUGUUUGGUGGUUCCUUGUUGUGAUAAGUGAGCCACAGAUCUGCCAAAUACUUGUUUUCAAUCCGAUUUGCUUCCUCUAGGGCUUCAUUUGUGUCUGUUUAGGUAAACAAACAAACAAACAACAAAGCAACCAAAAAACCGAGGAAAUGUUAAACUUUUAUAUACCCAAACAUCUGGCGCAUAAUUAGUUUCACUCUUCCUCCCUACCUUGUCGUUGUCUGCUUGGUUGAGGUUUGUCUACAUCAUUCCUACUUUACCUCUUCCUAUAAAAGGACAGAUCUUCAUUAUUGCAAUGAUUCUAUACAGUGGCCUGUUUUCUGGCUUUGUAACCAUGUUUGAUAGCCCUAACUAUAGCCAGAGGAGACUCUAGAGUCUAGACUAAGCAGAGAAUCCAUACAUCAUGUCCGACUAAGGUCUUCUUAUAUCUUGUAGCAGUGCAGCUAGUGUUAACACUUUCAGCACAUGCUAUUUGUAUAUGAAAAGUACAUACAAGUAAUUAAAAUAAAUAAGGGCGUCUGAGUUGCUGGGUAACAGUUUCAUAUGUCCGGCAACAGAUUUUAUUAUUUUAUGAUAUCAAGGGUUACUGGAGAUGCUUUUCAAUAAAGAGGCAAAACUAUAAGAAGUGUACAUGAAUUUCCAAUUUAUGAAAAGUAUUAUACGCUUACACGUAUACCCACGUGUAAGCGUUACAAUUUAUUAUAAAUUCAAAAACAUAGAUAACGUUUCACUUGAUAUCCUGCUUCUGUUACUGCUGUAAUGAAAAUUGGCACUAGUUUCCUACAAUCAAAUUAGGAACCCAUGUAAAGACAAUCUCACAAUUUUGCAAAUUAAUGAGCUGAUUAAUUUUUUACUGAAGAGCCUAAUUCUCCAGCAACCGUUUUGGAGGAAAAGGCAAGAAAAUAUAAUAUAAAAACAAAAUAAUUUCAUUAGAAAAGUGGAAUAAUUUUUUUGUCGUGUCUUUAUGUUUUAUGUUUUUAUUGAUAUAUAUAUAUAUAUAUAUAUAUAUAUAUAUAUAUAUAUAUAUAUAUAUAUAUAUAUAUAUAUAUAUAUUUAAUUACAAUUAUUUUUUAAAUGUACUCUUAUAGACAUUCUUUUUUGCAGUACCACUUACGACCACAUGGGGGCCAGUCAAUCUCCAUUAACUCCCAUGUUACAAUGUCCAACUUUAGAGCAGAAAUAAACAUCUACAGCCUGGUUAAAAAAAAAAAACAUUUUCGUCUCAAUAAUUUAAUUUCACACCCAUGACAAAUCUGAGUACAUUUUUUUGUAACACACCAGGAGAAUUUAAAUCAAGCAAUAUAUUUAUUUAUAAUAUGAUUGAAUGACCGUCGGCUCAGCAAAUGUCUAGCCCUUAUCACUUCCUAAUCUGUAAACGUCAUGCUUCUGCGCUUACCGCAGCAACUAGCUGUUUUAUAACCCAGUAUUGGCUAAACGCAGCUGUAAUUUUUGGUUUUGCGGUCGAGCCGAUAUGUUAAACGGUAUAAUCUACUGUAAACGUCUGACAGCACCUCUGCAGAUAUUUCUGUGGAGUUCGGCUGAAGGAGCUGGGACCAAAGCUAAUUUCUAUUGACAUGCAGUGGGCUUGUUCUUGUCUGCUUCUUGAGCAUCAUGGCUGCACCCCAUAGGGCUGCCAGCCUGCCACUAACAAUUAUUUUCUUGUUUAUUAAUCCAUCGUUAAUUUGUUUGAUAAAUCAAUUAAUCUAACGAUUAUUUUUCUAUUAAUCAAAAGUGCUAAAACUGUUCAGCGCUCUAAUGGUUGUGCGGCUGUGAUAUGCCACUUCGGUUUUACAGAGCGGUCUUCAGAAACCAAUGGGUCAAGGGACCUACUGCUUCGUCCAUUGUUUUAUGAAUGUUUAUGUUCAUACAAUUUACAUGUAUGACACCACUGAAAUGGACCUCUAGUGCUAUUACAAGACGUGCUGGACUUUUGUGAACACAGCAGGUCUGGAUGCCCCCGUGUGGCCAGAUGUGGUACUGCUGCAUAGAGUGGUUUUAAUGAUGGGUGCUAUAUAAAACUCGAGCCAUUCUGUUGUGUGGAAAGAUGGCUACCUGUCGAUUGUGAAAACAUGUACUUUAGACUCCUAAAGUCUGUGAAGAAUGGUCCACCACGCUCCAUCUGAAAAUUUGCUUCUCCUUCCUGAUCUUUGCAUUAGGCAAUCUGUUCAUCAGUUGCAUUGGACCUCCUCCCCAUACCACUUUCUUUUUUAUGUCUGCAUGUUCCAUUUAUCCCAGUUCAGAGUUACGUGCAUCUGUCUUUUUUCCAUUCAGAUAUUAAUUUUCUGUUCUUAAAUUGUGAACUUCCUUGUACUUCUCUCGUGAAUGACUCAGCUUCACGUUCGAUGAAAUUGCACUUCUUUGCUACUACAAUCAUUCUCCUGUUUAUUUAAUUGUUGCUAAAGACAGGACUGAUAUUAGGUUUGGGCAUCUGCCUACAAUUCAAUAGAGAAUGGGCUUUAUAAAAGCAAACCAUACAUAUGCACAUCUUUGUGAAUCUGGUGGAGAAAAAAAAGUGAAUUUAUUUUCUUUUGUGCACACACAGUUUGACUCUUGAAACUGGACGCCUGCUUGCAAAAAACGUAUCCGUCUCACCAACAUUUAUUAAUGUUGUACAGAUGUUGUACUUUAUUGACUGUGAACAUGUAUAUUUGUGACUUUUCUUUAACUUUAGUGUGUUGUCACUUUUGUUAGUAAGAAGCUUUACAUCCCCCUCAUCUUGAAACGGACUAAAAGCAAGGCACUUGAUUUGCAAAUCGGCCUUACAUUUACUCACACAGUAGCGGGAAACCACGCUGUACUCUCUUGACUCUAGAUUUUUCUCUUCCUGGUCUCAGUACUGACUUUAUUCUGUCCCAGUUUCUGGUCAGAACCAGCUGGGUGCUUCUUUUGAUGAGCUACUGUAGAUUAUAAACAGGAAAUGGACAUAUUAAUACAUUUACAACGAUUUUUAAAUAAAAAUAAGUAAUUUUAUUUCUAUAUCCUUGUUUGUGUUGUAGCUAUUCUACUGGCAAGCACAUUUCUGCAGUGGUUUCCAUGUUUAACUUGAUAAUAUAGUAUAUAAAGUUGAAGGAGCUGAAUGGAUGGAUGGUUGCAUGGUGUCUGCUGAACCAGCGUUUGAGCUUGACAAAGUCUUUUCGUUUCGUCUAUGCAGCAUCACUGGGCUCGUGGUCCUCUUCCUGUGACCGCUUUGCUUUCUGAAGUCUGAACACAACAGUCUCUUGAGGAUAAAUAUUUACUUUGGGUGUGCAUUUUUCUCCUACCACACACAAAGCUGUUGUUCGAGGAGGUUCAGGGUGACUGCACCUACAGUAGUGCCCUGUGUGUUUCAACUAAAAGUGCUAUAACACUACUACUUCUUAUACUUUGUAACUUUUGGUGUCUUGUUUUUGUAAUCAGGAGGAGUGUGUGCUGUUGUCUGACUUCUUGCUGUUACCCUGGUAAAAACCAAAAAAAAAAACCCCAACUAAUUUAUAUUCCCCCCGGUGUCUUUAUCAUCUGCUACGUACGUGUGUUACUCAGUACACAGGUCAGAGCUUAGGCAGGCACAUUCAAAGUGAAUUUUCUAGAAAUAAAGUGUUAGUGUUACUGUUACGUAAUCAGCCAGAGUCUGUCCUCCUCAGUCUCUUCUAGUAGAAAGAUCCUAGAGGUUUCGAGGCCUCCUAGACCAAACUGCUGCAGUAUGAAGUCUUGUUUGCAGUGCAGUGUGCCAUUCCUGUGCUCCUCCGACUUCAGUCUGCGCACAGUUUAACUCUGAAACUGCACAAACAAGGUAGCUGAAGGUCUGUUGGUAAGAAAGCUUACGACAAGCCAACUUCUCAAACUGCCAGACUGCCAGUAGGAAUACACUUUAUGGCUGUUGCCUGUAAAAGUCAUCAUUCUCAAUUUUGUUAAGGACUUCCUUUAACAUUUCUUUUUGUUUUUGGUUACACAGGACUUAUAUACAGUAUAGACCUAUCUGUACGUUCUAGAAACUGCUUUACGUAUGUUAUUAAUCUCUCACCUGUAGGCAUUAUGUAUCCACAGUUAUUGUUUAAUGUCUUUUGGUAGUCAUAUAAUCUCUUCAUGGCCCUGCAGCUAUGUUCAGUCCAGCCUUACAUGGUGAAAUAUGCAUAAUAUUUUCAUACAGAAGUCUGCUAAAGCUUCUCUACCCUGUAGGGUGCUGCAGUUAAACCUCGAUUGCCUCGCCUCACUUCUUAAAGCUGCAAGCGUCUGUCCCACACCAACUCUACUUUUUAACAUGAAUACAUAUUUCAGUUUACUUCAUUUACAACUAACACGACCAAUGACAUAAGAUUUAAAAUUAAGUCAUGCUGCUGCUAGAAAAAAUGUAUGUAAUUGAUUUGUUUCUGUUGUUAUUUUGAAUCUGCAUCAAAAGUGUCACUUUUUUUUCUAUUAAACCAACAAUAAAGAUCUAAUAUGACAAAUUA